GCAUUCUGACAUGUUGGCGGGACUUGAACAGGGGUGAGCAACGCCAGCACGUCCGAGCUCAUCACCAUUGACAAAGAGUUCCCCAAACGUCUGGAGCUCCGCCGCGACAUCAUGGGAGAACACCCCGUCUCGUCCAUGCGAGCGACUCCGAGAGCGGAACCAGCCGUGCGGGAACUCUACGAGUAUCUGGCGGGGUUCUAUCUCCCCAAGCGCUACCCCACGCUGUUCAGGUCCCAUGCAGAAGGGGGGGCCGAAGCUAUGCUUCAGAACCUCGCCUCGGGCGAGAUAUUCCCCCAGCGGGCCCCCAUCUCGACGGAUGCCACGAUGCGGCGCCUCGGCACGCUCGUCGACGAGGACUUCAUGCUUCUCAUGCCGCCGCCGGACGGGGCCAAGGGAGGCGAGUACACGAUGCAGGCAUGGCUCGUCUGCUUCACGAGCGGGUUUGACCUGCCGCCGCUGCUGGGGAAACCCCUCAGCUCCGUCCAUGCCCCUGUCCCGGGGUAUGAGGAGAAACUGGGGCUGAGCAUGACGAGGUGGUUCGAUCGGCUCGAAGUCGGCCGUCUCGCCCGCCGCUACAAUUGGGCCAUCACCAUGCGUGGUGGCUUGAAGCUCAGCCAUGGCGAGAACGCCCUAUACGCAGAUCACGAAACGUCACGGCAGCAGCACCAGCAGCAACAGCAAACUGACGUGGACAUAAGCCAGGCGCAUCUCCGGACGGAGCUCCAGCACAUAUUCAGGCUGCCUUCAUCCCGCGCCGUCGUGCUCAUGUACAAGACGUACCUGUACCCUCUGGCCGACAUAAGAGCCGAAGGGCAGGGCCCGGCGCUCGCGGACGCGAUUGAAGGCCUGGCCAGGGGAAACGCCCCUGGCAUGGCCAAAUACAAGGGCAGCAAGAUCUGGGGCGAGGCGGUAUGCAGGUUUCUCAGAUCCUAGUGCGUUGUCUUUCUUUUCUACCUCUUUGUCCGCAGAGGUCCCUGUUCUCGCAUCCGGUGUCUCUCGCUGUAUUAAAAAUCACUGUUGGAAGGGGUCCUGCCGGGGCCACCGGGCCGGACGUACUACUGAGACAUAUGAGCCAACAUGAACAUUUUUGAUUCACGUACGUACAGCCUGUCACAAACGGUUCUACGGCAAAUUAACAUUCAAUAAGUCCGGCCGUCCGCGGUCAGACUUGCAAACAUGUGCUCGAUCCCCCGUCAAUCGCUGAGACAUGCCUGUUUGUGUCCAGCAAAGAAGAGGUGCCGCCAUAUGAAGGAAUGAUGAUCUUGUGGCUUACGCUAGAUGCACUCGGGGUAUGGAAAAAUCGGACUGUGUAAUAUAACGGUGACCUAAGCCGUGAAACUCGGUGUUGUCUGUAUGAGACUCUGAAGCAAAGUUGGCCUGAAG